GAUUACUACGAUUUCGAAACGAAUGACGAGUAAUAAAACAUUGCCUUAGUUUUACAACAAACAACAACCAGAUUCUUAGGAUCAUGGCAAAAAGGGCGGCGUCUAUUGCUUUCGAUUUAGAAGAUGAACCUGACGAAAAACGUGUAACCAAGAAAGAAGGAAAGAAGCAUUCAUUGGAUUCGGAUGAGGAGGAUAGCGGUGCUGAAGAAGAGAGGAACAAUGUUCUUAAUGCUGAUGACAUCGAAGGGGAGGAAGAAGGCGUAGCAGCGAUUGAAGGUGAAAUCACUAUAACACCAUUCAAUAUGAAAGAGGAGCUGGAAGAAGGUCAUUUUGACAACCAAGGCCAAUAUCACUGGAAGAAAGAGAAAGAAAUCAGAGAUGGUUGGCUUGACAACAUAGAUUGGGUGAAGGUAAAAGGCAGGCCCGAGGACAAGUACAAGGUGCAUAGAGAUGAUGAAAAUAAAGGUCUUGGUGAUGAGUCUAGCAGUGAAGAUGAAGAGGUGGCUGAAAAGUUUGACCUGCAUGAGAAUUAUAAGGAAAUACUGGAACAUAUGAAGCCAAGGGAGUCUAUUGCAAAAGCUUUACAGAGACUAGGUGCUGGUUCAAAAAUGUCAAGUGUGGAAAGAUGGAAAAGGAAGAAAGCUGGAAUUGUUGAUGAGGGGAGCAAAAUUGUCACCAGAGUAACAGAGCUUGCCAAUCAGAUACUUACCAAAACAGGCAACAUGGACAUUUACCAAGAAACUUACGAGAAGAUUAGUGUCAUUAUAUCCAAGAAUGAAAGUAAAAAGGGUGAUGCAGAUUUAGACAUGUAUGCUGAUGAUUUUGAUCAGAAAGAAAAGGAAAGUCUCAAUAAAGAGAGUGGCAGUGAGAAUACAAAAACUGAAAAUGCAGAGGAAGAUGAUGAUGCACCCAAACUAGUUAAAUGGGAGUUCAAAUGGAAACAAGAUGAUGAUGCGGAGCUGUCAGGACCACAUUCCACAGAACAAAUGCAGAAAUGGGCAUCAGAAGGAUAUUUCAAAACUGGUGUGUGGGUGAGGAAGCAUGGAGAAGACAGUCAAUUCUACAGUUCAAACAGAAUGGAUUUUGAAUUGUACUUGUGAUGUCAAUAAAUCAGUAAUAAGUAUA